UGACGUAACAACCUUGAUCACAUCUGACUGCCUUCCUGCUUGUCGAAAAGUAUUCAGAAGUAUAAAACGAGGGAAGGGUUGAAGGUAUAGUACGAGACGCUGACAGUUGAAGAAGCGACUGAGGUUUUGAACAGUGUUCCGUGACUUCUCCAGGAGAUACAGCCACAAAGCGUUUUAAGACCUUGGACAGCACCCGGUCGGUACCCGAACAGAACAGCGGAUCAUUUUGGCAAAUGUAUAAAGCGAUGUUACAAAGGAACGGCUCCCAGCUCCUUUUUCUAAUAGCCCUGUGCAGUGUGCUAUAUUCCCGGACUCAGUGUUUGCCAUAUGCAUCUAUGAGACCUACGAGACACGCAGAUGGUCUCUUUACUAGUGGAUACAGCAAACUUCUUGGACAGCUAUCGGCGCGGCGGUACCUGGAAUCCUUGAUCGGAAAGCGAGUCAGUGAUGACAUGAUGGAGGACCAGGCACCAGUGAAGCGCCACUCAGAUGCCAUAUUCACAGACAACUACAGUCGCUUCCGCAAACAGAUGGCUGUGAAGAAAUAUCUGAACUCGGUUCUGACAGGAAAGAGAAGUCAAGAAGACCCUCCCAUGCAAGAAGAAUCCAGAAGUGAGCCCUCGUUUCAAGAGAGCUAUGAUGACGUCAACGUAGAUCACCUCCUCAAUAACUUCCAAUUGCCACUCUGAAGAAGACCCACUGGUGCGACGACCUCAAUCGGCAACCUCAUCGAUCUGCCAUUCAAAACAAUAUUUAAGUUCUUCAACAACGGGCUAAAAGUCAUGUGUGGUUAUCUCUACAGUAUAAAGUGAACGUUUACAUUGUAUAUAAUUAAACUAAAACAAAAAAUAUUGGUCUAAAGAUGUAGGCCAUAUUAAAUAUUAUACAUGCCCACCUGGGAUUAGAUAGAUUUGCUUUGUCCAGGACUCUGUAAAUGGUAGUUCAAGAAAUGCAUUCUAAACAAGCUAUAUACUGCUAUAGAGUACCAUCAGCUUAAACAGAAGAGGACCACAUUUAGAGCGGCUAUGAUGCAUAUAAUCACUUUAUAUCCAUGUGGAACAACGCUAUACCUUUUGCAAAAACUUACCUAGAGCAUUUAGUUCUGUGAAAUCGCCCACCAAAUAAAAUAUGUCCAUUUAUUUUUCAAAGCUGAGUCAUUUUGUAAGUAAAUAUUGAUGUUGAUUAUUUUAUUUUCAUGUUUCAACUUGUUGGGAAAAAAAGUAUUGCUAAGUUGCUUACAAAUUACGUUGCAAACUUAUAGUUGCACUCAACGUGUGUUGAUGACCUGCUCAGCUGAAUGAAGAUGGGAAACAGACUAUUACAUUUGAUUUGAUGAAUAUCAACUUCAUAGCAUUUGAAAUGAAUUGAUCAGUUUCAUGUCAAUGGGACAAAUUAGCAUGUUAUUUGCUAUCAAAUCAGCACAACAGAGAAGAACUUGAAAGCAAUUACCUUCUCAGUCUCAGUUACACAGUGGAAAUAUUCAAACUAGAUAAUGGCAGGGAUCUCCUUUAAAAAUAUAUAUUAUUCCCUUCAAAGACAUGAGACAAAGCAUAGAAUAGCAGAUAAACAUGAACAUGAAUUUAUGUCAACAGACAUACUGUAGAUAAGUCAUAUACUGUAUUUUAAUCAUGACAGUUAUGAGAGGACUGUGACAAAGAUGACUGAGAAAUUGUUUCCACAUAAUUAUUGGUACAUUUUCUGAACUAAUGUAACUUCGAAUAUAUUCAGUGAAUAAAAUGAUGUAUACUUGUGCAA